CCAGCUGCCUAGGAACUGAGUAAAGCCGGCUCCAAACUUCUCAGCUGUUGACAGGCUUGACUUGCUGAGAACACUGGUUAAAUAUAGCACGCGCGAGCUCAGCUCCUCAACAAAGUCAUUGCUCUGACAGUGUCGUGAAGGGAGCAGAAGAGGAGAAACCUAAUCUCAGAACCCAACAGCACCUAGCAACAGUUGAAAAAACUUUUAAACAAAAGUCUGGGUGGGAGAUAGACAACAACUUCCAAUUUCUGCUGAUCGGGGAUUUCAGGGAGAAGAAGCUGCUUUCCCCCCUCUCUACUCAGUUUCCUGCAUGACUUCAGCAAUUGGCUAGUCCUAGGAAAGAAAGUGGGAAAAGCUUUUUCCUCUGUAUUCUUUUGGGCUGGAUAGUUUUCCAGAACUCGAGCCUGUCUUGGGCUGUGGGACGAGCCACUGGGUUCUUCAAAGGAUAAACUACCUCCAUAGAGGACAUACCCUUGGUUAAACCAGCUGCCGUCAGGUGGGAAUGAGAUCCCGAAAUCAAGGUAGUGAAAGUUCAGCUAAUGGGCAUAUCUCCUGCCCCAAGUCCUCCAUCAUCAGCAAUGCCGGUGAUAAAAGUCUCUCAGAAGAUGCAAAAAAGAAGAACAAAUCAAGUAGGAAGGAGGAUGAUGUCAUGGCCUCAGGAACUGUCAAACGACACCUAAAAACAUCUGGAGGCAGUGAACGAAAGACUAAGAAAUCCCUGGAGUUAUCCAAAGAAGACCUCAUCCAGCUACUCAGUAUAAUGGAAGGGGAGUUGCAGGCCAGAGAAGAUGUGAUCCACAUGCUCAAGACCGAGAAAACCAAGCCUGAAGUUCUGGAGGCUCACUACGGGUCUGCAGAGCCAGAGAAAGUGCUUCGGGUCCUGCACCGAGAUGCCAUCCUUGCCCAGGAGAAGUCCAUAGGAGAAGACGUCUAUGAGAAACCGAUUUCAGAGCUGGACAGACUUGAGGAAAAACAGAAAGAAACCUACCGGCGCAUGCUGGAGCAGCUGCUGCUGGCAGAGAAGUGUCACAGGCGCACCGUGUACGAGUUAGAGAACGAGAAGCAUAAGCACACCGACUACAUGAACAAGAGCGACGACUUCACCAACCUGCUGGAGCAGGAGAGGGAGAGGUUGAAAAAGCUCCUUGAACAAGAAAAGGCGUACCAAGCCCGUAAAGAAAAAGAAAAUGCUAAACGGCUCAAUAAACUAAGAGAUGAGCUUGUCAAACUCAAGUCCUUUGCACUCAUGCUGGUGGAUGAAAGACAAAUGCAUAUUGAGCAACUUGGCUUGCAAAGCCAGAAAGUACAGGAUCUUACUCAGAAACUAAGGGAAGAAGAAGAAAAGCUCAGAGCCAUUACUUCCAAAUCCAAAGAAGACCGACAGAAAUUGCUCAAGUUAGAAGUGGACUUUGAGCACAAAGCUUCAAGAUUUUCUCAAGAGCAUGAAGAGAUGAAUGCUAAAUUAGCUAAUCAGGAGUCUCACAACAGGCAACUUAGACUCAAGCUGGUUGGCUUAACUCAAAGAAUCGAGGAGCUAGAAGAGACCAAUAAAAAUCUUCAGAAGGCAGAGGAAGAACUUCAAGAAUUAAGAGAUAAAAUUGCCAAAGGGGAAUGUGGAAACUCCAGCCUCAUGGCAGAAGUGGAAAAUCUCCGAAAGCGCGUGCUUGAAAUGGAGGGAAAAGAUGAGGAGAUCACGAAAACGGAAUCCCAGUGCAGGGAAUUGCGGAAGAAGCUGCAAGAGGAAGAACACCAUAGUAAGGAGCUCAAAAUUGAAGUUGAGAAGCUACAGAAGAGAAUGUCUGAACUGGAGAAAUUGGAAGAAGCGUUUAGCAAGAGUAAAUCUGAAUGCACCCAGCUACAUUUAAAUCUGGAGAAAGAAAAGAACUUAACCAAAGACCUGCUAAAUGAAUUGGAAGUGGUCAAGAGUCGAGUUAGAGAACUUGAAUGUUCUGAAAGUAGAUUGGAAAAGGCUGAAUUAAGCCUAAAAGAUGAUCUUACAAAACUGAAGUCAUUUACUGUGAUGCUGGUUGAUGAAAGGAAAAAUAUGAUGGAAAAAAUAAAGCAAGAAGAAAGAAAAGUGGAUGGACUCAAUAAAAAUUUUAAGGUGGAACAAGGAAAGGUUAUGGAUGUAACUGAAAAACUAAUUGAAGAAAGUAAGAAGCUUUUAAAACUGAAAUCUGAAAUGGAGGAAAAGGUAUACAAUUUGACAAAAGAGAGAGAUGAGUUGAUAGGCAAACUGAAAAGUGAAGAAGAAAGAUCCUCUGAAUUAAGCUGCAGUGUUGACUUAUUAAAGAAGAGACUUGAUGGUAUAGAGGAAGUGGAAAGAGAAAUAACAAGAGGAAGAUCUCGGAAAGGACCUGAGCUCACCUGCCCAGAAGAUAAUAAAAUUAAGGAACUAACACUUGAAAUUGAAAGACUGAAGAAACGUCUCCAACAAUUGGAGGUGGUUGAAGGCGAUUUGAUGAAGACAGAGGAUGAGUAUGAUCAGCUGGAGCAGAAAUUUAGAACUGAGCAAGAUAAGGCUAACUUCCUCUCUCAACAACUAGAAGAGAUCAAGCACCAGAUUGCCAAGAAUAAAGCAAUAGAGAAAGGAGAGGCUGUGAGCCAGGAAGCUGAGCUGAGACACAGAUUUCGGUUGGAAGAAGCUAAAAGUCGAGACUUAAAAGCCGAAGUACAAGCUCUCAAAGAGAAAAUUCAUGAAUUAAUGAACAAAGAAGACCAGCUUUCUCAGCUCCAAGUAGAUUAUUCUGUCCUUCAACAAAGAUUUAUGGAAGAAGAAAAUAAGAACAAAAACAUGGGGCAGGAGGUCCUCAAUCUGACCAAAGAGUUGGAGCUUUCCAAGCGUUAUAGCCGAGCUCUCAGACCUAGUGUGAACGGAAGAAGAAUGGUGGAUGUUCCUGUGACGUCGACCGGAAUACAAACUGACGUAGUCAGCAGUGAUGCAGCAGAGGAGGAAACACCAGCUGUUUUCAUACGGAAAUCCUUUCAGGAAGAAAAUCAUAUCAUGAGUAAUCUUCGACAGGUGGGACUGAAGAAACCUAUGGAACGAUCCUCUGUUCUCGACAGGUAUCCUCCAGCAGCAAACGAGCUCACUAUGAGAAAGUCUUGGAAUCCAUGGACGAGAAAAAGGGAAAACGGCCCCUCGAUCACUCAGGAGAAAGGGCCUCGAACAAAUUCCACCCCAGGGCACCCAGGAGAGCUAGUCCUUUCUCCAAAGCAGGGCCAGCCCCUGCAUAUCCGAGUGACACCAGAUCAUGAGAACAGUACUGCAACUUUGGAGAUAACAAGCCCAACAUCUGAAGAAUUUUUUUCUAGUACCACCGUCAUUCCUACCUUAGGGAAUCAGAAACCAAGGAUAACCAUUAUUCCAUCACCAAAUGUUAUGUCUCAAAAACAAAAAAGUGGGGAUACUACUCUUGGCCCAGAGCGAGCCAUGUCCCCCGUCACGAUUACUACGUUUUCCAGAGAGAAGACCCCAGAAAGCGGAAGAGGCACAUUUGUGGACAGGCCCACAUCCCCCAUCCAGAUCAUGACAGUGUCUACAUCAGCAGCACCAGCUGAGAUUGCGGUUUCACCCGAAUCCCAGGAAAUGCCCAUGGGAAGGACUAUCCUCAAAGUCACCCCAGAAAAACAGACUGUUCCAACUCCAGUACGGAAAUACAACUCCAAUGCCAAUAUUAUAACUACAGAAGACAAUAAAAUUCACAUUCACUUAGGUUCUCAGUACAAACGAUCCCCUGGGACUUCAGCUGAAGGCGUAAGUCCAGUUAUUACGGUCCGACCAGUCAAUGUGACAGCUGAAAAGGAAGUUUCCACUGGCACUGUCCUUCGUUCUCCCAGGAACCAUCUCUCUUCACGACCCGGUGCAAGCAAAGUGACAAGCACUAUCACCAUAACACCAGUCACAACCUCAUCUGCUCGAGGAACCCAGUCAGUGUCAGGACAAGAUGGGUCAUCCCAGCGGCCUACACCCACCCGCAUUCCUAUGUCAAAAGGUAUGAAAGCAGGAAAGCCAGUAGUGGCAGCCCCAGGAGCAGGAAAUCUGACCAAAUUCGAGCCUCGAGCUGAGACUCAGUCUAUGAAAAUAGAGCUGAAGAAAUCUGCAGCCAGCAGCGCUACCUCUCUUGGAGGGGGGAAGGGCUGAGGGCAGUGGCUGAGGGGAAAGCAUCAUCAUUCACCAGUUACGCAUGAACUCCAGAUGAAAUGGUAAACCAAGCACAGACUGAGUGCGUGUACUUCCUAUGAAUCCCUGUUGAAUGGAUAGUGUUUCUACAGCCCUCAAUCAUUACUAAAGUCCUCCAUGCUACUGAUCACGACUGGAAAUAUUUUACUACUUCCAGUGAUUGUCUUUCUUUCUUUCUUUCUUUUUUUUUUUUUGAGAAUAUGAUGUAAAAGGUGGAAAUGGCCUUUCUGAUUACAUGAAAAUAUGUAACAAGAGCAUUUCAAUCUUCAUGUCAAAAGCAAUUUCUCUUCCUUUUACAAAGCCUUCAGGUCCAUGGGCACAUACUAUGUAAUUUAUUUUUAUAAUAUAUUUUGUAAUGUGAUUUUUUUUCCCCUAAAGUGUUUCCUUUCUCAUAGUCUACGGCACAUAUAUCUAUAGAAUACACUGUCAGUUCUUCAAAGUAUUGGUAUUGUUGUGUUCAAAAUGGUAACCUAUAAUUAUUUUCUUUAUAUCAAUUUGUUAUUCCUAAAGAAAAGAAAGUACAACACUGCAUUUCCAGUUGUAAAUUCUAAGGGUAACCCUUAGAAGCAGGAGAUUCUGGAAGAGGUUUUAUUAUUGCUUGUUCAAUGCUUGUUCUGAUCAUGGUUCAAUACUGACGAAUAAUGCUCUGACUUAAGAGCUUAAUGUUAAAUACUUCAAACCAAUUUGUAAAGUUGCUUUUUCUGGUGUUCUGGGCCAAAAACCCUGGAUGAAUUGAUUUUCAUAUGAAACAAAUUCAUAAAAGGAGAGGUACCAGUUUAACCAGUACGGGUAAUAGGAACAGCUUCGACUGACAGUUCAAUUAUAUUUGUUUGCAUUAUUUAUAUGUACAAGACUUAUAAACAAGAACUGUGAUAUCAAGAUAUUUCUCACAAUUUAACCCAAUGAAAGCUUGAAAACAACUGACCUAGAUAUGUCAGCAUCUUUUAAAUAAAUUUAUAAGAGAAAUCCUAGGAUAGAUAACUUUUUCCCCUUGAUUUUGACAGAUUUUCAUAACCACAUGUAGGUUGGAGACUAUAUUCUUUAAAGAUAAAAAGCAUAACAUGCAUUACUCAAAUCUGAACAUCAGAGCUGCUGUUAAAUUUAGGUUUAUGUGACAAUGUGCAUUCAAAUUCUACUUGAAACCCUAGUAAUGUAGUUUUUUUUAAGACUAUAAAUGUGGAUAUGUUAUCAAUAAGGUCUUUAAAGAUAACUUUAAAGAUAAUUAAAAGUUGACACAAUAGUUUCUGAAUAUGGAAACCAAUUAUCAUGUAACUUUACUGAGAUUAAAAGAGAGAAUGCUUCUGAGUGUCACAAGGAUAGCUGAAAGCCACACAAGGAAUACUGUUGGCCCAUUUCUCUGGUUCACAAGAUGUGCCCAGGUUUAUAGGUACACAGAAGGGAGUCCACUCUGAGUCUGUGGAAAAAAAAUUAAUGCUGGAUUUCCUCCUCUAGGUAACCAUGGAGAGUUUUAAGUUAUGCCUCGUGAAAUUGGCAAGUCAUGUUCACCAUGUAUUAUCAAUUAAAUAUUUUAUGUUAAAAUUAUUUUUGAUUUUUUAAAGUAAAAGAAAUGCUACAGUCGGCUUGUCCUAGCUUAAAUGAUUGUGAAAGCAUCGCAUAACCUUCUGGAGUUUUUAUUUCUGACAAGAAAACUAGAGUGUGUAUGUGUGAAGAUUUUUUUAAUUUUUUGUUACUGGGUUUUGUUUUCUGAAAAUGUUGAACUGUAAUGAUAUUUUCAAUUAGAAAAGAGGUUUACUUAGUAUUGUUGUAGUUUUUGACUCACAGUUAAGUUCCUUAAUUGCUAAUGUUUAUACUUCUGAUAGCAAAAAUAUUCUGAUAUAUCAUAGAUUAGUAUUUGAAGCAAGUAACUUUUUCUUAACUUGUAGGAAUUUUAUUACACUUAUAGUGAAAAGGCUAGAGGAUAAGAUUUUAUAUUCUUCUUGCCUACAAAUUAAAAUAUUACAAGUAAUGUAUGUAUAUUUGGAUCUGUAAGGUUUUUUUCCUCCUGAAUUUAUAAUAAAAUUUGAUUCUUGUAAGAGCAGUGAGGAGGAUGAUGCAAUCAGAGUCAUUUAGAUAGAUGUUGAGAUUUUCUCUGUCCAUGUUAUGAUUGAGUCCUCUGUUUAAACCAAAAUGCAAUCUGAGUGACAGAUGAGGAUAAGUAAUUAAUUUUGAAAUACGAGAAUAUGCAAAAUGAACAGAAAAUAGAAAACACUAGUCAUAUCCUUAUCUAGUCAAUAAGCAAACGAGAUCAUAAAUACUCACAUCCCUAUCCAGUUGAAAAAAUUGCCCUCAUGUGCAAUCCUGGUACUAUCCUAGACUCACAUAAUUUCUAUCUUUUAUUGCAAAUCAACUGCCAAUCAUCAAUCUGAACGAGAAUCAUCUUUGAAUGGAAUAAUUAUAAAUGUUUUCUGCAAUAUAAUUAUAAUCAGUGUUUCUAGUUCAAGCCAUAAUUGAACUAAUCCAUUAUUUUACCCUUUUCUUUUUGAUAAGAGUGUUUUCUGAGGGUAUCUUCUGCAGAUAUUUUUUUUCAAAUAUUUUAUAAAAUGUUCAGGUUUGAUAAAGAUAAUGAAUGAGUAAAUAUACCAGGUGUUAAAUGCCUGGAAUAUUCACAAAAAUGUGAAGAAUUCCUUAUAUCUAAGGACAACCAUAAAAAAAAAAAUUCAUGGUGCAGAAUUCCUAGUUUAAGCAUUAAUAAAGAUAUCAACACUACUGAAACAAUUAACAGCUUAUAAAAAUCAGUUCUAGAGCAAGACUAAAUGGUGUAUCAGGCAACAUAAUGUUUUUGCUUUUUUCUCUAAUGCUGUGUUUGAAUUUUCCUGGAAAUGAAUUUAAAAAAUAGCCAAAGUAGGGUGUGUUAAUGAAUCUGACAAAUAAUAAAUCUAAAAGUAGCAAAAGUGCAAAAUGAAAGUUAAAAAAUACAACAAUUGGCACCUCAGGCAUAUGGCCCCCAGUGUUACGUCUCUGUUAAAAAUGCUAACUAGAAGGCAAAGGAGGAAAAGAAUAAAAAUUGCUGUAAUAAAUUUUAAAAAACAGAAUUUGGUGAGAUUAACUUUGGCCUAGUGACCAUUAAUUUUUUUUCCUAAAUUUUCAGCAUUUACUCCAUAGCUAUGUGAUGAUAACUGUUUGUUACCUAGGAGAAAUGCUGUAGAUUCAUAAAGUUGAA